UAACGGACUGGUAAUUGGAGAUUUAUCAAUGCUAUGCGAACAUAACCGGCGGUAUAUCAUCACCGAGAGUCGUUAACCUGUCCAGUAUCCAUACCGAAGCCGAUAUUCGACUGAAUAACCACAACGCAUGACGGAUAAUCCAACCUAAUAAGACUCUCCCUAGCCGAUCUAGAAAACAACAAAACAACACUAGAAGUACAAAGGAGGGAAAAUGUGGAAAAUAUCCCUAGUCUCAGACCUAACCCCUCCAUCCCUCGAACGAAUAUGGCAAUCCUCCCCGCACCCAACUCUACCUUUAGUGGCAACCAGCAGCGCCGACAAAACCGUCCGAAUAUAUUCGUUGGUCAAUUAUAAAUUACUCUCUAUUGUAUCCGGGGGACAUAAACGGAGUAUCAGGAGUUCGGCCUGGAAGCCUACUCCUCCUGCUACUACUGGUAGUAGUGGAAGAGGGGAGAGUGUGUUGGCGACGGGCAGUUUUGAUGCUACUGUUGGAAUUUGGAGGAGAUGGGAUGAUUAUAACAACCACAAUAAUGAUACCGGCGCAGAGGAAGGAAAGGAUGACGACGAUGAAGAUGAAGAAUGGCGCUUCGCCGUUCUCUUGGAUGGUCACGACAGCGAAGUAAAAUCCGUCUCUUGGUCUGCCUCGGGCUCAUUAUUGGCGACUUGUUCGCGGGACAAGUCAAUCUGGAUAUGGGAAGAUCUGGACGACGGCGAUAAUAAUUUUGAGACUGUUGCGGUGUUACAGGAACAUACGGCGGAUGUCAAAUGUGUAGCUUGGCAUCCCGUGGAGGAAUGUCUUGCGUCUGGUAGUUAUGAUGAUACUAUCAGGGUUUGGAGGGAGGAUAUUGAUGAUUGGGGACAGGUGGCUUGUUUGAAGGGUCAUGGUGGUACGGUCUGGUUUGUGGAUUGGGAGGGUGUUGAUUAUGCUCCUUUUACGUCUACAACACCAUCAACAGAGCCUGAUGAUGAUCAAUCCGCAAAGAUAAAAGAAAAAUAUAGAGAGCAUUACCGCCUCUCGGGCCCCAGGAUAGUCUCCUGCUCAUCCGACAAAACAGUCCGAAUAUGGCGUCGACAAGCAAAACAGGCUCAAAUAUCAACAGCGUUCUCGGCGUCGACCACCGGUAUACCCAGCAUCAUUCGUCCGACCGGUCUGGAUGAGACGUGGCAUCAAGACGCGACUUUACCGGCUGCGCAUGAUUUGGCUAUUUAUGCGGUUGCGUGGAGCAAAAGGUCUGGAUUGAUUGCUUCUACAGGUGCAGAUGGAAGGAUUGUUGUUUAUACAGAGGAGUUUGUGGACAACAAAAAACAGAAGGGAAAUGAUGAAGAGAUGGAUACUUCUCCCGAUACGCCGUUUAAGACAGAGUGGAGAAUAGUCGCGAGUAUUGAAGCGGCUCAUGGAAUUUAUGAAGUGAAUCAUAUCGCCUGGGCGAAACGGGGUGAUAGGCGCGGAGAACAAAAGGAGGACGAGAUGUUGAUCAGUACUGGUGAUGAUGGAAGUGUCAAGGAGGAAAAUCGCGCCACACCCAAUUUGAUGGGCGUUUGA